UCCUGCCCAAACUUGACGUCACGAAACGGAAGAGUUUUCACUUAUUUAUUUCCAUGCUAAUAUGGCAGCGCCGUCGGGCGGAGGCGAUACGGGCACUGGCAAUGACCAGAUAAUUGCCUUGGGAUCUGCACUUCUCAAUAACUUUGUCUAUGAACGAGUUCGUCGUCAUGGGGACAGCGAAGCUGAAGUAACCCGAAGUCAGCUGGGUCCUGUUGAGCUGUGCGACCCCAACCAUAAACGUAUUGGGCAGUUUUUACAGCAGAUUGGAGACGAGCUGGAUGGAAAUGUGCAGCUGCAAAGUAUGGUAAAUGAUCCUGCUCUUCAACCAACUCAAGAAGUCUUCAUGAAAGUGGCCCGAGAGAUCUUCUCUGAUGGGAAGUUCAACUGGGGCAGAGUGGUGGCGCUUUUCUACUUUGCGUGUCGGCUUGUCAUCAAGGCCAUUGCAACCAGGAUUCCUGACAUCAUCAGAACCAUCAUAAGCUGGACUAUGUCCUACAUUCAGGAACACGUAAUUAACUGGAUCAGGGAACAGGGUGGAUGGGAGGGAAUCCGCUCCUAUUUCGGGACCCCGACAUGGCAGACUAUCGGCGUAUUCCUGGCCGGGGUACUCACCACAGUAGUGGUGAUCCGCAAAAUGUGAAGAGACUGACAGAAGGGUGGAGUGCAAGAGAAGAGAGAGUUGAGAGCCCACGAACAGAGGCUGAAACAGACCAGCAAAGAAGAACAGAAAGAUGAGGAGGAAGAAAAAGGGAUUUGGAGUAGAGAACUAAUUCUAAACUAAUUGAAAGAGAGAGAGAGGAGGAGAAAAGAGAGAGAGAGAGAGAGAGGAAAGAAUGAUGUAACUGCCUCAAACCACUUUUGUCACUGCAAAGCCUGGGCUCUUUCUUAUCUACAACUUUAAACCUUGAUAACAUUUGCACUGAAAAUCAGAGAUUAAUGCAUCAGAGUCCAGGUGCAGGCUAGAUUUUAGCUAUUUAUUUUUAGUUUGGGCUUAUGACUGUCUAGGUUAUAUCAAAGAAUGGAUUAGUAUUUGAUUUAAUUUAUAGACCUUAUCUCAAUGCAGAAUUUUCUAAGUUAGGAGUCUCAUAUUCUUAUAUUAUUAUUUUUUGUCCUAAAUUGUGUGUAAAGACAGUCAAAAUGACAAUUGAUAAACAGUUGGCUUAUAAUAGCUUAUAAAAGGAAUUAAUAUAAAUAUUAUUAUAGCGUUUUUUUUUUGAGUGCACUCUCAUCUGAAAGAGAAGGAAUAGGCUCAGAAUUUCUCCUCUUUCUAAUUCCUCCUCGCCUUUCUUUGUUAAAUGUCUCCUAUAGUUCAUCAGAAUAGGGGCUAUGAAAUGUCUGUGAAGUUGAUUGUACUUGAAAGCACAGGUUGAGCCUCUUAAGAGUUCAUGAAAUGUUUGUGCAGCCAACCAAUAAGCACUCUGACUGGACUAAACGUGGGCUUGUCUUAGUCAGCUAGGCCCUCCUAUGACAGGGAUGGACAAUACUAAAACUUCUCAGAACCAUGAUGAUCGUAUUUUUUUUUUUUUUUACGGAAUCAAACAUUUUCCUUUUAGAAUAGUAGAGGACCUGUCAGACAAUCUAAAGACUUCAGAUGGACGUGCAGAUUCGAUACACAUAUGAGGACUUUGAAGUGAAGCAGUUAGUUUGGCUUCAUUUGGUGCAAACAUUCGGUCCUGCAGGACUUCUAGGUCCAUUAGUUGAGCUUCUUCCCUCAGCAAAGUUUUCUCAGUACUGUAUUUUUACGAUGGUUAGCCAGAGCCACUAUCCUACAUUUACAUGCAGUUGUUUUUUCAUAU